AUGAAAAGCCAGUUUAUCGCUGUUUUUAUAGUAUUCGCGGCCGUUGGGCGCGUGAUUUCUUUUGUCUAUUAUGCCUGGCGUCAUGCUCGGAAAGCUCGUAGCUUAGGCUGCGAACAAACCCCUUUUUAUGCCGGCCAGGACCCUUUCGGUAUUUCCACCCUCUUCGAGACACUUGACGCGGCAAAAAAUAAGCUUCUACCACGACUGGCAGAGAGGCGUAUUGCGUUUCUAUCCAACCAGUAUGGCAGAUAUGUUUCUACCUUUCGCAUGCGCCAGGCUGGUCGGGAGAACCUGUUCACCGCAGAUCCCAAAAACAUCCAGACUAUGCUAGCAACUCAGUUCAAAGAUUUUGGCUUGGGUGAUAUGCGUCGUAACGUCGCUCAUCCUGUUGUUGGUCAUGGAAUUUUCACUACCGAUGGCGAAAGUUGGCAUUUUUCCCGAUCCCUGCUACGGCCUCAAUUCACCCGAGAUCAAAUGAGCAAUCUCGACAGAGAAGAACGACAUGUCGAUAAUGCACUUCGCAUGAUUCCAAUACUACAUGAUGGCUGGUCAUCCGCAGUGAAUAUUCAAGCAAUCUUCUUUCGUCUUACUCUUGACUCGGCUACGGAAUUUCUCUUCGGUAGAAGCUGUGACAGCCAGAUUGCAGCUUUGCAAAAAGAGGCGGGACAGGCCUCCGAUGAUACUUUUCUAUACGGGUUUGAUCGGUGCAUGUGGUAUCUUGCAGAGCGCCUGCGGUUUGAGAGGCUAUAUUGGCUCAUCUACAAUAGAGAGUUCAAGAAGUGUAUCAAUAUUGUACACGCUUUUGUUGACCGUUAUGUGUACUCUGCUCUGAAACAGGCACAGCAGCAGGAGAAAGAGAGCAUCGAAAAGGACACAUCGCAAUACAUAUUCCUUGAUGCUUUGACUGAUAGCACAAAGGAUCCGAUCAAAUUGCGUGAUGAAUCUCUAAAUGUCCUCUUGGCUGGCCGGGAUACAACAGCCUCGCUGCUAAGUUGGACAAUCCUCCUUCUUGCACGACAACCUCACAUGUUUGCGAGACUUCGAACUGACAUCCUGGAGCAAUUCGGUACUUAUCAUCAGCCACGAGACAUGGAUUUUGCGUCUUUGAAAUCAUGCCAGUAUCUUCAGCAUUUUCUCAAUGAAACUCUUCGUCUUUAUCCAGUCGUGCCCUUCAACCGCCGGUGCGCCACGACGGAUACCACACUCCCUCGUGGCGGCGGGAAAGACGGUUCUUCUCCAAUCUACGUCCCUAAGGGCCGUACAGUCAUGUACAGCACCUACGUCCUACAGCGUAGAAAGGAUAUUUGGGGUGAGGAUGCCGAAAUCUUCAACCCGGACCGAUGGAUUGGCCGGAAGGUAGCCUGGGAGUAUAUUCCUUUCAACGGGGGGCCCAGAACAUGUAUUGGGCAGCAGUUUGCUCUGAUGAGGGCCAGUUAUGUGGUGGUGAGAUUGCUGCAGAGAUUUGACAAAAUUGAGGAUGUGGACAGCGAGAAAGAAAUCCGGUAUGGUGUUUCACUGACCUCUUGUCCUGGUGAUCCAGUGACUUUAAGAUUGCAUCAGGCAGGGGUUUAG